AGGCAGAGAGCGCAGCGCAGCGCAGCAGCGGGCGUGGCCAGGCGGCGCAGGAGGCUUCCCGUCCCAGGCGCGGGCGCUUCCCCUGCUCUGCUCCAGCCCCGCGCCCCGGCGGUCCGGCUCAUGGGCUUCCUCGGGCCCGAGUGCAAGUGACAUUUGGGGCGCCGAGCCUGGCCAGCCAGACGUUCUGCACAGUGACUGUUCUGUAAAAGAUGCACUAUUACCGGUAUGCUUCCGCUGAAGUCAGCUGUUGGUACAAAUACCUACUCUUCAGUUACAAUAUAGUCUUUUGGUUAGCGGGAGUUGCUUUUCUUGGAGUUGGUCUCUGGGCCUGGAGUGAAAAGGGUGUAUUAUCCGAUAUAUCCCAAAUGACCCGUCUCAAUGGCUUUGAUCCAGUAGUCCUCGUCUUGUUGGUCGGAGGGGUGAUGUUCAUUCUUGGAUUUGCUGGCUGCGUAGGAGCCCUACGGGAGAAUAUCUGCCUUCUGAAAUUCUUCUGUGGCACAAUUGUGCUGAUUUUUAUUCUGGAGCUAGUAGUGGCUGUGCUGGCAUUCUUGUUCCAGGAUUGGGUGAGGGACCAGGUAGAGACCUUCUUCAAGAACAACAUCAAGUCAUACCGAGAUGAUAUUGACUUGCAGAACCUCAUAGAUUCUAUGCAGAAAAUGAACCAGUGCUGUGGUGCCCAGGAUCCAAACGACUGGGACCUGAACGUCUACUUCAACUGCAGCAGCAACAGCAAAAGCCGGGAGCGCUGUGGAGUUCCUUUUUCCUGCUGUAUCCCUGACCCUGCCCAAAAAGUUGUGAACACGCAGUGUGGCUAUGACAUAAGAAGUAUGCCUAAAUCGGUUUGGGAUGAACGGAUCUUCACUCGGGGCUGCAUCCCUGCUCUGGAAGCUUGGCUGCCCCGGAACAUUUACAUUGUGGCUGGGAUCUUCGUAGCCAUUUCCUUAUUGCAGAUAUUUGGGAUUUUCUUAGCCAGGACACUGAUUUCGGACAUUGAAGUGGUAAAAGCAGGCUACCAUUUCUGAAGACGAAGGUCGAGAUCUUCUGUAAGGAUGCUCCGUAUUCGCUUCCCUCACAUUGACAGCAGCAAAAGAGAAAAAACCUGAGAAUGCAGAAAAAACCUGAAACGUCUAGAGCUUAAAGCCAUAGUAUUUCCUUUUAAGAUCUGUAGCUGGAUGCCAUCCUGUUUAGCCACAAGCCAGAAUGGAGAGAGAACCUGUUCCUCAACCACCUCCAUGAAUAUUUUUUACAACUCUGAUCUCCUGAAGGAAAGUGACUUGUUUAUCUUCAUGCCUUUUGUACUGGGAUUUGAAGACUCAAAUUGACAGGAAUGGAAUGCUAGUGAUGGCUGCCCAGAAGCCAUUUCUGUCAUAAGGACUACUGUCUUGGUUAGCAUUUGCAGUAUUGUUUACAUUUCAAAUGUUGAUUGAUGCAAAAGAAGUCCCAUAAUGCCAAAAGACCUCGUCCUAAGGAGGGGAGAGGGGCCAAGGAGGGAGCGGGAACUAUAUGGAUGCCUUUAAGAACUAUUGAAAACUUGUUCAGGGAUUGUUACGUAUAUUGAUGAAUUCAAGAGUACAGUGUGAGCUUUUUUUAAAAAAAGAAAAAUUUGGAGCCUUAUGUGUACAGGUUUUGGAGACCCAUACAAGUGGGCUAACGUCUUAAUCCUCUACUGUACGGAGUUAGGGAUUUCUUCCUAUUUAAGCCAUCUGUAAAAUGCAUCCAUUUUCAGAUGCUAAAGAUCUGAAAGGAGAACACUGGAAAAAAUUUUAGAAGGAUUUGUAUCAUAUUGAAAAUCUUUUCCUUUAUGGAGUUGUACAGAAUCAGUCCAUUUCUACGCUGAGUAGCGUCAGGACAGAGACCUGAACUGGAAGGUCAAGACUGAAUUCUCAUGCCUUGUUUUUCUUUUUUAAGACUUUUGUAAUAUGUCACUAUUUAUAGAUGGUAGAACAAGAGAAGGUGUUUCCUUAUCCUUUUGCUAACAUUGUUUUACCUAGUACCCGUUUCUUGAACCAUUUAGUUUGCUAGAUGCAUAGAAGCCCUAAUUCCUUGAGAAAUGCACAUACUUGCACCUCUCUGCUUGCUUCUAAACAUGGUUAUUUUUCACCAUUUUAAUGGCAAUUAAAAGAAGGCUGGUCUUGGCAGACGAAAAUGAUUCCAAAGUGUCCUAGGUCGAUGCAAGCUAUUAGAUGUAUUUCAAAGUUCGGUGUGAUAUUGGAAUGCAUGCCCUCUUUUGUGGGGCUCUUAAAAACACACCCACUCCUGCACACACUCAAUAGUAUUGCCUAAUCUUGUUUUCGUUCAGUGUCUCACCAAGAAUUGGACUCGUCUCACAGUGGCCUAUACCAGACCUGAGUCUGCCAGGACCUUCGUUUUAGCUGAAGAUGGCCUUACUAUAAUGUUUCACGUUGAGUUGACUCUGAUCAUGUGGAUCGGGGGAACGUUCUUACAGGCAGUUUAAUUCGGUCCUCCCUGCAGCGGGGCCGCAAGUGCCUUCCUGGUUUUGCUCCCCUCCCCCCCCCUUCAGUCAUUCCAGGGAACUUCCAUGGUAGAACACGAACUUUGGAUGGCAGGAGCAGUGAUGUGUUUCAGGGAACCCCUAAAGGGCAGGAUUCAGCUCCAGUUGGGCACUUUUUCUCCAGUUCAGUUCACUCAAGAGAGUGGGAAGACCAUGCUUAACUUCCUCCUGGAACUCAACAGGCCUAUAAAAGUGCUUAACUUUAGCUGCGUUGUGCCCAAAUUAUUUACUACUAAUCACCUUUUUUUUUUCAGAAACGGAAAACAUCUCUCUAGGUUGCCUAAUAUGCCUUGUAAACUCUGUAUUUUUGUAAUUCCAAAUGUAUUUGUGUUUUUUACUGCAUGGAAAAUAAGCAGCAACAAAAGUUUUUUUUCAA